AAACUGCAAAAUUACUCUGUACAUACGAAAUUGAAACUCAUUUCAAGAUAAAGUGCAGAGCUGUAAUUACACAUAACAUGCCUGUACUGAAGAUAAUCCGUUUUGAAAAAAGGAACAGUACCUUCAAUCCGUUUUACAUAUAGCAAAUCUGGUCAGCAAGCUGCACAGCUCUGCUCUCCCAACGGUUGUUGCUAUGGCAACCCGUUUCCUGCAGCGUGAUUAGCUGCUCUAACAAAGAGGGAGGGCAGAACAGAGGUCAGUAACGACGUAAGCAGGGAAGAAGCUGCUCAAUGUGCGCAUGCUCAGGAGUACUACAGAGAGGAACUGCGCAUGAUCCAGGUCGUGAGUCGCAAUGGGAAGAUAGGCAUGCUGGGAAAAACGCUUCUCCUACUCUACACUAUCAGAGGAAACGGAUCAACAGAGCUGCUACAAGAAAGCACACAGAGCAGGGAAUGAUCAGAGCCCAGUCAGCAAGGCGGCUGGUGACACUGGACUGUAGAUCUUUAGCCGCUCUCAUGUCAGAAGGGUCGCUUAAAAGAAAAGAGCCUAAUGGCGAGCCUGAGGAGGGUACAAGAAAGAGGAGACAUAAGAAGCAUAAAGGCGCAGGAGACGGGGACCGAUUUGUGCCGCCUCCGGUGAAGCGGAAAGUAGGGGUGAGCUUUGGGGAUGAACACUUCCGAGAGACCGAAUCCUACCUGGAGAAUGGACUGCGCAAGGUCCGUCCUUAUUACUUCGACUUCGAGACCUACUGCAAAGGCCGCUGGGUGGGGAAGAGCCUGCUGGAGGUGUUUGCCAAGGAGUUCCGGGCAGAGCCGCUGGAGUAUUAUGAGCAGGCCGCCCAGGCUGGCAGGCUCCGGCUCAACGAGGUGCUCGUCCGAGAUCUGAAUGUUGUGCUUAAGAACAACGAUUUCCUCAGGAACACUGUGCAUCGCCAUGAGCCCCCUGUUACGGCUCAGCUGCUGCGUAUCCUAGCAGAAAACGACGAGAUGGUAGUAGUAGACAAGCCUCCUUCCCUUCCUGUCCAUCCAUGUGGCCGCUUCAGACACAACACAGUAAUAUUCAUCUUGGGCAAAGAGUACAAUCUGAAGGAGCUGCACACUAUUCAUAGACUGGACCGCAUGACUUCUGGUGUGCUCAUGUUUGCCAAGACCUUAGAUGUGUCUAAAAAGAUCGAUGAGCAAGUGCGGCAGCGACAGCUAGAGAAGGAGUACGUGUGCCGAGUAUGUGGUGAAUUUCCAGAAGAAGAGGUGACCUGUGAGGAGCCCAUAUUUGUUGUUUCCUAUAAGAUUGGGGUGUGCCGUGUGGAUCCCAAAGGGAAACCUUGCAAGACUGUCUUUCAAAGGCUAAGCUACAAUGGCAAGACUAGUGUGGUGAAGUGCUUUCCUUACACCGGCCGCACUCACCAGAUCCGAGUCCAUUUGCAGUAUCUUGGACAUCCCAUUGUCAAUGAUCCAAUAUACAACACGGAAGCCUGGGGACCUAACAGAGGAAAAGGGGGUGAAGUCAACAGAACAGAUGAUGAACUUCUCUGGGCCCUGGUAGAGGUGCAUAAAUCUAAACAGAGUCUGGACAUCCUUGAUAUUUCAGAAGAGGAUCUUCAGCCCAUCGUGGGAAAUGUUGGCUUAAAGUCCUCCACAGAACCUGUACAGAAAGAGCCUAGAGUACCAGCAGAUCCCCAAUUAAAAGAUGAGCCACAGCAACUCACAUUGACUGAAAAUGUCAGUUUUGAGAAGACGGAUGGCAGCGCUGCAUGCAGGAGUACAGAGGAGCCAAGGCAAGACUCCAGGGAUUCUCUGUGUGGAGAGUGUAAGAUUGUAAGGGCAGAUCCUUCACCCACAGACCUGGUUAUGUACCUUCAUGCCUUGCAUUAUAAAGGAGCAGAAUUUGAUUUUUCAUCGGAGAUGCCAGACUGGGCACAAGAUGAUUGGCAGGAGGACUGAAAGCACUACAUGGACUAGGCUGAUGUUUGUGCCAGAUGGAUGCUUUUAUUGUCUUUUGAUUUUCUUUUUAAUAUAGUUGCUGGAAGUGACCUUUAACGUCCUCUUUUUAUUUAAGUUCUUCAUGUCGCUACAUUAAAUGAAGUUUGAAUUGUUAAAAUGCAAAAAGGAAACCAUGAAACAAAAUCUGAUGCUUGAAUAAAGGGCUAGUGACCUAA